AGGAAGUGACAGUAGGGCUAGGACAGCUGUCUGGGCACAACAAAAAUACCAUGAACUUUUACUGAAGGAGCAACGUGCAUGAAUGUUUUCAUAUGGAAUUGAUAUGAAUUACAGUGUAUGACUGAUACAGGACUGUUUGGUUGUGAACAGUACACGUUUGAGUAAAGAGCUUUGCAAAAAUGACGGCCAUCAAACACGCACUCCAGAGGGACAUCUUCACUCCGAAUGAUGAGCGUCUCCUCAGCAUCGUCAAUGUGUGCAAGGCAGGGAAGAAGAAGAAGAACUGCUUCCUCUGUGCCACAGUCACCACAGAGAGGCCAGUGCAGGCGAAAGUGGUGAAGGUGAAGAAGUCAGACAAGGGGGACUUCUACAAGCGGCAGAUGGCGUGGGAGCUGCGGGAUCUCACCCAAGUGGACGCCAAAGAUGCUAACAAGGAUGACGCUGACUUCGACCUGCACUUCGAGAAGGUGUACCGCUGGGUAGCCAGCAGCCCGGCCGAGAAGAACUCCUUCAUCUCCUGCAUCUGGAAGCUCAACCAGCGCUACCUCCGCAAGAAGGUGGAGUUCGUCAACGUCAGCGCCCAGCUCCUGGAAGAGUCGGCCCCGAGUAGUGAGAACCAGAGCGUGGCCGGGGUGGAUGAGGACGCCCUGGAUGACUACCAGGAGCUGAGCACCCGUGAGGAGCAGGACAUCGAGGCCAUGAUGGAGCAGUGCGAGUACGCCAUCUCCAACGCAGAGGCCUUCGCUGAGAAGCUCUCAAAAGAACUCGGGGUCUUGGAUGGGGCGAAUAUCCAGUCCAUCAUGGCGUCGGAGAAGCAGGUGAACAUGCUGAUGAUGCUGCUGGACGACGCGCUGAAGGAGGUGGACACCAUCGAGGGCAAGCUGAGCAGCUACGAGGAGAUGCUGCAGAGCGUCAAGGACCAGAUGGACCAGAUCUCCCAGAGCAACCGCCUCAUCCAGAUCAGCAAAUCCAACAACGACAAGCUGCUCGACGAGAUCCAGUUCCUGGUGAACCACAUGGAUCUGUCCCGGGGCCACAUCCGGGCGCUACAGGAGGGAGACCUGUCCUCCCCCAAGGGCAUCGAGGCCUGCAUCAACGCCUCCGAGGCCCUGCUGCAGUGCAUGAGCGUGGCCCUCCGACCAGGGCACGACAAGUUGGCUGCAGUGAAGCAGCAGCAGCAUCUGUUUUGUGAGCUGAGGGACGCCUUCGCCCGCCGUCUCACCAAUCACCUCAACAAUGUCUUCGUACACCAGUUCAACCACUUCAGUCACUUCAAAAUGACCAUCCCUCAGUUCUAUAGGUCCUCCUGUCUGUCACUCCCUGGUCACGACCAGAGCUCCACGCUGUCCCAGCACACGGCAACAGACCUGGCACUGCCCAAGCACAGUCCCCUGCACCGGGACCUGCUGCGCUACGCCAAGCUCAUGGAGUGGCUCAAGAACACCCAGAGGGAGAAGUACGACGGCCUUUCCAGGACCUAUAUGGAGUACAUGUCCAGACUGUACGAAAGGGAAAUCAAGGACUUCUUUGAAGGUGCCAAAAUUAAAAUGGCCGGCACGACCAAGGAGCCAAAGGGAAAGUUCGCCACGCUUCCGCGGAAAGAAAAUGCGCUCAAACAGGAGGUGGAAAGCGUGGCAGGGCUGCACGGGAGCUCAGGGAAGCUGACGGGCUCCACGUCCAGCCUGAACAAGCUGGCGGUGCAGGGCUCCAGCAGCCGGCGCUCCCAGUCCUCAUCCCUGCUGGACAUGGGCAACAUGUCCGCCUCAGACCUGGACGUGGCCGACAGGACCAAGUUCGACAAGAUCUUUGAGCAGGUCCUGAGUGAGCUGGAGCCCCUGUGCUUGGCAGAGCAGGACUUCAUCAUCAAGUUCUUCAAGCUGCAGCAGCAGGUCCCACUGGCUCAGGCUGAGGAUGACAGCGAUGGAGUCACCCCCUCCAGGCCUUCUGCCAACGAGCACAGGCACUCCAUAUCAUCAGAGCGAGACAUGGUGCGCUUCAUGAUGAACAAGAUCUUCCAGAGCAUCGAGACGGAGCUGAACAGCCUAAUUGCGCUGGGCGACAAGAUGGACAGCUUCCACUCGCUCUACAUGCUGGUGAAGAUGAGCCACCACGUCUGGACGGCCGAGAACGUCGACCCCGCCUCCUACCUCAGCACCACGCUGGGCAAUGUCCUCGUCACCGUCAAGAGGAACUUCGACAAGUGCAUCCAAGGGCAAAUCCGGGCCAUGGAGGAGGUGAAGAUCUCCAAGAAGAGCAAGGUGGGCAUCCUGGCCUUCGUCACCAGCUUCGAGGAGUUCGCCGAGCUGGCCGAGACCAUCUUCCGCAACGCUGAGCGCCGAGGCGACCUGGACAAGGCCUACAGCAAGCUCAUCAGGGCCGUCUUCUUUAACGUGGAGAAGGUGGCCAACGAGAGCCAGAAGACGCCGCGAGACGUGGUGAUGAUGGAGAACUUCCACCACAUCUUCUCCACGCUGUCGCGCCUCAAGAUCUCCUGCCUGGAGGCGGAGCGGCGCGAGGCCAAGCACAAGUACACCGAGCACCUGCAGAACUACGUCAUCACCUCCCUCGGACAACCUCUGGAGAAACUCAACCACUUCUUUGAGGGUGUGGAGGGUCGCGUGGCGCAGGGCGUGCGUGAGGAGGAGGUGAGCUACCAGCUGGCCUUCAGCAAGCAGGAGCUGCGCAAGGUCAUCAAAGAGUACCCCGGCAAAGAGGUGAAGAAGGGCCUGGACAACCUCUACAAGAAGGUGGACAAGCACCUCUGCGAGGAGGAGAGCUUACUGCAGGUGGUGUGGCACUCCAUGCAGGAUGAGUUCAUCCGGCAGUACAAGCACUUUGAAGGGCUGAUCGGGCGAUGCUACCCCGGCUCUGGGAUCACCAUGGACUUCACUAUCCAGGACAUGCUGGAGUACUUCUCAAGCAUCGCCCAGUCCCAUUAAAACACUCAGUCGUCUACACACACACACACACACACACACACACACACACACACACACACACACACACACACACACACACACACACACAGACACACACACACACAGACACACACACAAACACACACACACACACACACACACACACACACACACACACACACACACACACACACUGAUUUAUCAGGAAAUCAGAACAAAAAGGGUGGUGACCAGAGGUAAGAAUUUAAGCGGCAUCAGUGGACCUGCUUUAAAAACACAUAUAACACACUAUUCUUGCGUGCACUCUCUCUGUUAUACUUUCCAUAAGAAUGUUAAGACUGUAAAGGUAUGUAAAAGUGUACAUAUAUAAACAUUCAUUACAAACAUCGAAAUACUCCAACUUCAGUCUGCCUCCUUAAAUGAAAGGCACUGACACAGGAAAGUGAAUGAGUUUAGGAGCGGAUGGUGAGCGCUCCACUAAAUGCCUUGUAUAUACAGUAUAUAUCUUGUCAACCAUGUAAUAACUUCCUUGGGAAUCCUUUUUUUUGUGCGUGUGUUUGUGUGUGUGUGUGUGUGUGUGUGUGUGUGUGUGUGUGUGUGUGUGUGUGUGUGUGUGUGUGUGUGUGUGUGUGUGUGUGUGUGUGUGUGUGUGUGUGUGUGUGUGUUUUAUUUGAACACUAUUUUUUUGUCAUUUCAUCUCUAAAGGAUGUUGGAGUAUGUUUUAGUUAUAAUUGUGUGGCAGACUCCGCUCAUCUCGUAGUUACUGAAAGAGUCUAACCCUGCAUGCCUGUGUCUGUAACAGGAUUUUAUGAGGUUGGAUUACCUGAUGAUUACACAUUUUGCUGAUUUUCUUUGUAGCCUAUGCUCACUCAUUCCUGCUUCUAAAACAAUGCCAAAUGUCUAAUAAAUAUUGCCAUAUUUGUC